UUUGAUUUGAAAUACAAAGAAUUUUACGAAACAUCGCAGUUUAUUACAGGACUUAUAUUAUACCCGACAAUAUGUAUACCGGGAAUAUUAGCCAACAUGAUCACUUUAAUAGUACUAUCAAAGAAAAACAUGUUGACAUCUACCAAUGCCUUUCUAAGUGCACUGGCUGUUUCAGACAGCGUGAAAUUACUUAAUGACAUUAUUUACUUCUCCGUGACUCUUCUGUCUAAAAGUCACAAAGCGGAAGCAAACAAAGCCUUUGGUUAUAUAUAUCCGUAUGCACAUUUCAUUUUCAACAUGUCGGCAUGUAUUUCCUCCUGGUUAACAGUGGCAGUUGCUGCCGAGCGAUAUAUAAUGGUCUGUCAUCCCGUAAGAGCCAGAUUAAUCUGUAGUAGAUCUAGGGCUAUUACGACCAGUGCAUUGAUUUAUUUUGUAAUGACUUGUGUCGCUAUUCCUUCUGCUAUGAGAUAUAAAACUAUAUUAGUAGUCGAUCAGGAUACUAAUACAACUCAAUACUUUGUUGAAAUAACAGCAUUAUGGCAAAAUGAAACAUUUGCUUCGGCGUAUAAUUGGGUUCAGAAUUUCUUACGAUGUAAUAUUCCUUUAUUAAUCCUAAUAACACUGAAUACGUGUAUAAUAAAUUCAAUCCGAAAAUCUAGAGCGAAUAAGCGGAACAGUGCACGUCACCGAGUUACAAUUAUGAUGGUUGUCGUCAUGGUAACGUUCAUUCUCUGUAUCACACCGGAUGCCAUUAUGACGACAUUUUUUGGAUAUGGCUACCACGAGGAAGAGGAUUUUCUAGUUAAGGGAAUAAGGGAAUAUUCCGAUACACUUUUAGCACUGAAUGCAGCUGUGAACUUUAUUAUUUAUUGUUUAUUUAGCAGAACAUUUGUCAAAAAUUUCGAGGCCUUAUUCUGUGCUCAUUUGAAAAGGAAAAAGACUGAACUCGAAGAAGAAACUUACAGACGCCUUUCGGAGUCUCAGGCAAUGCAUAAAUCAAAAAGAGGCAGUGCGGUUUGAUUUUUGUUAUAAAUAUUACACAUUAAAAGUGAUAUUACAAAAAUCCGCCCGAACUUAAAUCAAGAACAAAAGAAGUAACAUUUAUGAAACCAUGAAAGAAUAUGUUCGUUUAUGUUACAUUUGCUCUUGUAAAGCACAAUUAUCAUUUGGUUGAACUUUAAACGCCUUUUUAAGUAAAUGAAAUGUUAACAAUUUUGAAAUGUUGAAUAUUUCAAGACAAAGAUUUAUUGACUUUGAUAGAAAAUACUAUAAAGACAUGUUGUCUCAAGAAAAAAUCGACUCUGCCAAAAUCACGGGUGAAGGAUAAGCGAUACGCAAUCCCUCAUGUUAACGAACAAUAUCAAAACACCACAUAAUCCAUACUAUGCUCUUUAUAGCGUCUUCACCAUUUAACCAUUUCAUCAUUUCUUUGUCUGUUUUAUCAAAUGUCAAAGAUGACGAUUGGUAAUAAAAUUGUCAACCUCUUUUAAUUUAUUGAAAACGUACAACACCAUAUUUUUUCUCAGCUUUAAUCAUGUUCAUCUUAAAUGUAAAUAUUUCA